AUGGUUCAAAUCACGAAAUUCUGCAAAGAAUUAAAGCGUGUUGGCAUUCUGAAAGAAUGUGGACGAUUAAAUAUCAAUAUCAAUGAUCGAAUAAUCAAAACAAUGAAGUCUUCCGCAGUUUGUUUUUCAGAUUUAAUUCAAGAAAAAUGUAUUAACGAUAUUUCAAUAACAUCAUAUACAGCAAAUCUAAAUCUUAAAUGUGAAGAUUCAAUAGACAUACUUUCAAAGUUUCUCGAAACAGGAAAACUUGAAUUUCAAGAAGAUAAAGAACAUUAUCAUGACAUAUUUGAAAUAGGAAAACAUUUUGGAAAUCAACUAUUCAUCCAAGUGUAUUCUGAACAUAUCAAAUUAGACAAAUCAAUUACAAAGGAAAACGUAUUUCAGAAGUAUGAAAUUUCAGUUUUAGAAAAUGAUAUUACAACAGAAAACGAAUGCAUUGAUUUCAUCUCAUCACAUUUAUAUUGCUUAGAUGACAAUGAUAUCAUUGAAAAUUUCACGAAAAAUGGAUAUGAAUUUUGCGAAAAAAUAUUGAAAUCUAAAGAAUUAAAGAUCGACAACGAAGAUCAUUUAUCUUUAUUACUGUUAGCUAUCUGCAAGAGGAAUGAUACAUUCUUUGAUUUAUUUAGAAAUAUCAAAUUCACAUUUUGUUCACGAGAAACUUAUGAUGCAAUUUAUAAUUUUACUAUUGAACAUUCAUUCGAAACAGUUCUUCUUACUAUAUAUAACGAAACAUUAAAGAAUUAUCAUUCAAAUCUAAGAGGAAAUAUUGAAAUCUCAAAUGAAUCUAUUUCAUCAUUCGAAAGACCUAUUAUUAAAAAUCAAUUUACAAUAUCAAAUAACUCUUUUGAUGUUAAUGAAACUAAGUUAGUAGAUUAUAAAGAAAUUAAAAUGGGAUUUACAGCUUCAUCCGUUUAUAAUGAAAGUUUAUCAGAUAUAAAUUCAUAUAGAGAUGACGUUGAUUUCUAUACUAAUAAUAAUGCUAAUUCAUGGAUUCAAGCCAAUCUAAAAGGAUAUAUAAAUUAA